AUGGCUGACCAUCACAGCGCGCAUAUCUCAACAGUCACUGCAUCCCAGAGGCUUGAUUCGAGAGGAAAGCCAACCGUAAAGGUCGCGAUAGUUCCAUCGGGUGCAUCUGUCGGCGACUACGAAGCCCAUGAGCUACGUGAUGGUAACGCAGAUGAUUACGGCGGCAACAGCGUCCACCAGGCUGUCACGAACGUGGAGAAGGUCAUCGGCCCGGCAUUGAUCAAGCAGCAAUUUGGCGUCGGAGAUGAUCUGGAAAAGAUCGAUCGCUUUAUGAUCCAGCUGGACGGGAGUAAGCAAAGGUUGGUAGAAUUCAUCUUGCCCAGACCGGGACGAGUCUCAUUUGUGUGGCAGGGAAUUCCACUGUAUGAGUUUCUGAGGGCACAGGCGGGAAUGACAGGGCCAUAUGUACUUCCUGUCCCAUUCUUGAAUGUGCUCAAUGGCGGCAAACAUUCUGGAAAUUCCAUGGCCUUUCAAGAAUUUAUGGUUGCCCCAGUCGGGGCCGUAUCAUUAACUCAUGCAGUUCGGCUCGGGAGCGAAGUUUACCAAACUUUAAAAUCUGUGAUCAUGCAGAAGUAUGGCGCGUCUGCUAUUGGUGUCGGGGACGAGGGCGGGUUUGCGCCACCGAUUACUGAACCCACCGAGGCUCUGGACCUUCUGAUGAGUGCAGUGAAGAGAGCAGGCCAUGAGGGAAAGGUCAAAAUCGGAAUCGAUCCCGCUGCUUCUGGAUUUUAUAUCCAAGGGGCUUACGACUUGGGCUUUAAGAGUCAGAAGCAGUGCCAGUUGUCUGCGGCAAACCUCAGCGAUUUAUAUCGGUCGUUGCUGGAUAAGUAUCCAAUCAUCCUUCUGGAAGACCCAUUCGCGGAAGACGACUGGGCAGCCUGGAGAAAAUUCAACCAGGAUUGUCCUAUUGAAUUGGUUGGAGAUGACCUGUUGGCGACAAAUCUUGAGCGAAUGGAGAUUGCCAAAGAAAACAACGCAUGCAAUUCACUACUUCUCAAGAUAAACCAGAUUGGCACCAUAACAGAGUCGCUGGAAGCGGCCCGGACAGCUUUCAACUACGGUUGGCGGGUUUUUGUCUCUCAUCGCUCGGGUGAGACCACAGACGACUUCAUUGCUGAUUUGUCUGUCGCGUUAUCUACGGGACAUUUGAAAUCGGGUAGCCCUUGUCGAGGAGAGCGGGUUGCUAAAUUUAAUCGUCUCAUGGAUAUUGAGGACCAGCUGAAUGUUUCUGGUUUGCCGCAAGGAUAUGCAGGGAAGUCGAUGGGCUGGCGGGGAAUGGAUUGA